AUGGUUACUCUCAUAUUACCGCGUCCUUCAUCUCGACGGAAUGCAGAACGACCGCCUCCACUUACCCACCCCACCACCUCCACCACCUCCACCACCUCCACCGUCCUCCUCUUCUUCGUCGGCGCCACCCUCAUCCUCUUCCUCUUCCUCCGGGUGUUCACCACCGACCGGGUCAUCCAGAUGAACAUGGAGAUCGCGCUGGCCCUCGCCCACGUCUGCCUGCUCUUUCCCUCGCAGGCUUCCUCGGAUGUUGUUCUCUGCCGCGUCCUGAGCAUCCUGUUGCACCUAUUUUUCACCGCGUGCUUCAUGUUCAUGUUCCUGGAGGCCCUGCACAUGUACGCCCUCGUCUCCUACGUGGUUCGUAAGGACGGGCUCCUCAGUCGGUUCCAGAACGUCCUCGUCGGCUGGGGCAUCGCCAUCUGCGUCACCCUAGUCACUUUGUGCUUCUGCUACGAGAAAUACGGAGGACCAAAUCAGUGAGUCAAGAAUUCACUCGGUCGGGUGGUGGGGGUGGUGGGGGUGGUGGAGGUGGU